CUUCAUUCGAGGAAGUGAGUAGGAGAGGCAGUUCAGGCGACAGGGGAAAGUCAGUUGUUUAUUCCGCGCUCAGAAAGACUAAAACGUCCCCGCGAACAUUUCAACAUGUCGAAUAUUGACAACAACCCGUUCGCAGCGUCUGCAGGCGACAACCCUUUCAAUGAUCCUUCAGUCACACAAGUGACCAACUCCCACGUAGAGACAGUCGACCAGUUCAACCCUUUCCCUGAUCAUUCCACAGGUGGACUAGCAAGUCAUACAACUCCAGCCACCACGUCUCUCUAUCAGCCUGCUGUGUUACAGCCGUCUACAGAGCCCAGUCCACAGGCGACUGCUGCUGCAGCUCAAGCCAAACUGCUGAAGCAGCAGGAGGAGCUGGAGAGAAAAGCUGCUGAGCUGGACCGCAGAGAGCACGAGCUCCAGAGCAGAGGCCCGACAGGUAAAGAGAACAACUGGCCUCCACUGCCCAAAUUCUUCCCCAUCAAACCAUGUUUCUAUCAGGACUUCUCGGAAGAAAUUCCUCCAGAGUAUCAGCGAGUGUGCAAGAUGAUGUAUUAUCUUUGGAUGUUCAACUGUGUGACUCUGUUCCUCAAUCUGCUGGCUUGUCUGGCUAUGUUCAUCACCGACUCGUCUGGUGGUAUGGAUUUUGGCCUCUCAAUUCUGUGGCUGGUUCUCUUCGCUCCAUGCUCCUUCCUCUGCUGGUACCGCCCCAUUUAUAAGGCUUUAAAGACUGACAGCUCCUUCAGCUUUUUCUUCUUCUUCUUUGUGUUUUUCUGCCAAGUGGUGAUCUUCAUCAUCCAGGCUGUAGGGAUCCCCAGAUGGGGGAACAGUGGCUGGAUCACUGCUUUCACCGUCAUCACUACAAACAAGGCAGUGGGCGCCAUCAUGAUCAUAGUGGCCAUCCUCUUCACUAUUUGUGGUGUGCUGUCUGUCAUCCUGCUCAAGAUGGUCCACAGCAUGUACCGCCGGACUGGAGCCAGUUUCCAGAAAGCGCAGCAGGAAUUCUCUCAGGGUGUCUUCACCAAUAAAAAUUUCCAAACUGCUGCUGCUGGUGCUGCCCAGGGAGCCUUCCAGCAGAACAACUAAUGCUAGAUAGAGCUAGGGCAAGCUCCAUACAACAGGUCAAGGUCUUUAUAUUAUCAGGUCAACACGAUUAACCAAACUAAUGCGAAUCAUUGAGGAAGUUUAGCUUCGCUGAGAACGGAGAAGGCCUUCCAAAGUGUUAGUGAUUCUCCUAUACUUUUGGAGCCAGUUGGUGCAAAAAUUCUGAUCUGACCUUAUAAUGUACAGACCAUGAUCUAAGUGAGGCUACGUUAUCAUUUCACCGUCAAUGGACACGUGACUCCCAAUGUUAACUUUGCAUUUCACUUCAUCCAGCUCUGUUAGCGAGUGAAAAGCAGUUGAGGGACAAAGUCACACAUUUAGUGAUUUUCAAGGUGGAAAGCAUGAAUGAGGCUGACUGAUUUCUGUCUCUGUCCCUGGCUUUGUAUAUUUUGUGUGCACUUUCCUGCAAUGCUCUUCAUUGUAAUGUACGGUGUGUGUGUGAGAGUGUGUGUGUGCGCGUGUGCCCUGGCAUGCUGGUCACAUACUGUAAAGUAUGCUAGUCUUAAUCCAUGUAAAUGGAUCAUGUAAUGUAAAAAAAGUGUUCCUGUAUGUUGUUGAUUGGCAUAUUUUGGUCUUGAAUAACAUUUCAUUGUUGUGUGUUUUUUGUUUUGUGCUGCAAAUAUUAUGGUAAAGAGGAAGAAAACCGGACGUAAUUGUUGUUUCCUGGAGGCCUUAGAGUUUGACAUGUUACUCAUGCAGUAAAUAUUCAUUUAAAUCUUGGAUCAUACAUUAAAUAUGGAAAGAAAUCUAAGAGUUAUAAGGAAACAUUUUUCAUUGACAAAAAGAAAAUAGUGGUAUAAUCAGUAUUGUGAGGAAGUUGGCUUUUGUAGGGAUUACAUGACGGUUUCUAAUUUAACAUCAGUGUUACCUACGUCAUGUUUGUUAUCACCAGAUUGAGUUCCCUCUUAAUAAUAUAAUUCAGAGAUGUACUUCACACUGGUGAACUGGUGUUUUCUUCAUUAUCAGUAUCAUGUUAAUGGUUUCUGACGCAGAUUCAGCUGCAUCUGUCAUCAGUGACUUGCCUGAGAGUUGUUGCUAAGGAGACCAAAGCAAUCCUGAUUAUUGGGGGGGAAAAAAAGAAGAACGAGAUUUGACCUCAGGUCACAGUUUGCUUGAGUUGGCUGCUUUGAUCCAAACUGCAUUACGGUACAGCAGCAUAUUCAGCCUGGUAAAUGAUUAAACAUAAUCUGAACAUAUCUCAGAGAUUCUCCUCGAAUUCAUUGCACUCAAAUUCAUUUUUUAAUUCCAACCAGAGCUGUGUGAAUUUGGCGUAAUAUACCCAGUAAAGGUAUUUAAUUUUCUCAUGUUCUCAUAAAUCAUUUCAUUUUCAAACUAAUUUAAGUCUUCCUGAAGACCACCACCACCACCACCACGUUCUAAAUUAUUUCAGUACUGAUGUAUAUUUCCUGUGAUUUCGUAUAAUGGAGUGUGUGUGUGUGUGUGUGUGUGUUUUGCUCAGUGUACAGUUUUUAAACAUUUGGCUCGGAUAUAUAAUAUAUGUAUAAAUUCUAAAAGAACGACUGCACACUCGGAUCAUUUCUGUGCUGUUCUUUCAGCAAAUGAGCGAAUCAUUUCAAGUUCAACCUCGACACAGUAACACAACUGUAUUAUUCACACAUUUCCAUGCGCUUUGUGUCGGGAGAAGACAAAUUUGUGCCUUUUGUAUUUCUUGAUUGAAUAUAGCAUCUAAUAAAAUGCUUUGCUUCCA